AUGGAGUGGCGGCAUGGGCAAUUCGUAGCAUACCGUGGGGAACCUGUUCCGCAAAAUGCACCUCUUGCGUGGUUUGGGCAGCCUGGGUCUUUUGUUGCGCCUGCUGCGCCACUUCCGCGCCCUGCGGUGCAAUUUCUACCGCAAACACAGGCAGUUUUUUACGGAAGCCAUGCCAUACCAGAGCCAGCGCGGCAACGACAACUUGACAAAACAUAUUGUUUAGUUGAUGAGGACGGACGGCCCAAGCCCUUCUCAAGUGUCAGUCAGAUCAGCGGAAGGAACUAUGAAAGUAUGAUAUCCUGCAUGAUUGGCAGUGGUGGUCCUCGGACGCUCCGUGCAAAUUUAUUUCAAGACCCAAAGGAACAAGAUCGUUUGAAGACAUGCAAGGAAGCUGUUGCGCGCUUUCUGCGCGAAACAGUCUCCGACCACAUUGGGGACGGAAUGAGAUCAAGGGGUGUCGGGGAGGAGGAAGCAGAAGUCGACACAGUCUACAAUGGUUCUUUCGAGAACUUUGCUGCAAAGGUCGAGAGGCUGAGCACAGUCAAGGUCAGUGCUACGUGCGCAAACGUUCAGAGAGUGCUUGUGGAAAUCUGUUCCGACAGCCGCUACGUUGCAAUGAAGCUUUAUCAGAUUGAGAUCCAGAGCUGUCUUGUUGCGCGCAAGGGAUUCUGA